ACUUUGAAACAUUCAUUCUCUCAAGGUGGUACUCUUCAGCUCCCCAGCAACCACAGCAAGAUAUUCACACACAGAUACAUUUCAAGAGAUUGCAGAUCAAUAUCUGUACGUUUGAAACCCACAGAGAUCUUCAGGAGGGAAAACACUUCUUCUUUAGGAUCAGAACGCAAAACCAAAAGGACAGUCAAAUGAAUCUACAUGUGGACUUUAUUCCUUACUACUUGGUCAGGUUAGCCAGAUGAACACAAACAUAACAGCCCACCAAGCCAAGGUAAGGCAUCAGUGCUUCUUCCUUAUCCUGUGCUUUCAUUUGGUCUAUGCUGGUGUGCCAGGUCCAUGUAAGCACUCUGUCACGCAGGACCAUCUCCGGAGUUUAAGGCGUCUGAUUAAAAACCAGCUGCAAAAUGGUUGUUCAAUAGCCUACAACUUCACUGAGCGCAAGAACCUGAGUGUUGUGUGUUAUGUUAAAGCAACAUUCCCUCAUAUACUGGACCUACUUAACACACAGUUUAGAUAUGAUAAGGACUCUGACAAUUAUCGUUACACUAAUUCACUGAAGAACUUGAUCUACACCAUUUACUCCCAAAGAUGCAUCCCUCCAAUCAAUGAUGAGAUUGAGGAUAACCCAGUGAAGUUUGCAAGAAUCCACAUGACCUUGCCCAGGGCAGCUUUGGAGAAAGCUGAGGAAGUGAUUCGCUUGUACAUGAGUCUGAUGACUAAGAGUGACAAGCCUGUGGACUGGAACUGUGAGGAGGAGUACACAGAGGAUUUCGUUGAAUUCACCACUCAAUCUCUCAGCCAAACAUUAGGUGCCUCAGAAUGUCUAUGUACUUGCCCAACAGUGAGCCUUGGAUCAUCAAAGGCAGCUACAUCCACAAGACAAUGGAAUAUUUACCUGGAAUCUACUCCAUCUCCACAACGCUCAUACUUUUCACCUGUGGCAGCAUUGCAGAGCAGUAAUGGGAGAACUAAACAUCUCAAAUCUGAAGUCAAACACCAUGGAGAAAAAUUUAUUGCUGGUACUGUACCAUUUCCAGUUUUUAAAAAUCCAGAUCCUACACUAGUUCCACAGACAUCUACUGCAUGGAGAUCAACACAAGGAGAUGUAUCAAACUUCCUCUUUGGUACCAAUCCGGUUUUAAUUGACGAAACCUCAAAUUCAGAAAUGGAGCAUAUGCCAUCAUCAUUUUUUCCUUCAUUUACAACUUCCAAGGAAUUAACUGAUUUAUUUCCUGGUAGAACUGAAUCCACUCAGUCAUCCGUGUCUGGAACCAAUCAAAAAGGCAUAAGAGAUAAUGCACUGGACAGUGUAGAGAGAAGCACUGCCCUUUUACUUGCCAAGAGGUCUUUAGAUGCCAAAAGCCAAGAAGGACCAUCCAGUUCCUAUAUCAAAUCGACUCAGAACUGGGUUGCUUCCUCUCACCCAACCGUUGAUAUAAAGAGCACUCCUACUGCAAAAGGCAAAGCUUUCCAAAUGCUUGAAAUGAGCAAAUACAUUGUACCAGUCACAACCACUGUUCUGUCUUCUUUGAAAACAGCUGUGCAUUCAACAGAAGACCUGACCACCCUUGUUGAGCAACCAGGUCAUCUAAACAGUCCUCCUGAAAAUUUUCAACCACAAACCAAAGCAUCACUGAUGGUGCCAAGGAAUUUUAUGAAAACCAUUCAUGAGGCAAAACACAGCAAAGGCAGCAUAUCCCAGGAGGACAGGCAGAGGAUGAAGGACCAGACUGCUAAAGAUCAUCCAGAGAAAUCUACUAUGUCAGAAACCAACAGUCUAAUCAUUUAUUUUGGUACUGCACUUACAAUUACACUAGUAUGUGGUGGACUUCUGCUUAUAACGGUCUUAUUUUACAGACAACAAAAAGUACGUGACCAAAGUUGCUUUCAUGAAAAAUAUCAAAACAAUGCCCAAAGUAAUGUCAGUCAAACAGCUUGUAAAGAAAAAGAAGAGAACAACUUUUUCUUUCAUUUCCAACAUGAAAAAGACACAUCAAGAGGAAUAGAAACCUAGAAGUAAUUGAUUUAAUUAUUUAUUCAUUUAUAACUAUCUAUAAAUUGAGAGGCCCUUCAGCAGGUAGCAAUUUCUCAUUCUGUAUGGAAUUGUACAGCAUUUUAAGGUUGUACCUUCUCCUGCUCAAAGGUGUCUACAACCAGGAUAUAGUACUAGAAAAUAGGAAAUUAUUGAUAUCGUAGGUGGCCCAUGACCUGAUUUGAUAUGUUAAUUGAUAUAUUGACUCAUUCCAGUGAAAUCUUGGAUGGAAAAUAAUCAACAACCUUCAGAAAAAGAAAAGAAAUACUAAACACUGCCUUAACUUUAUAAGCAAAUAAUACAUGCAAUGAUUUGGCACAUAUUGAUGAAAGGAAUCUACAUUAAAAAAGUGUUUUGUUUUUUUGUUUGUUUUUUAAUUAAGAUUUAUGCAUUUCAAUUUCAAAGUUAAAUAGAUAAAUCUUUAAUACAAUAAAAUAAAAAAUAAAAUAAAAAAAUGUUUUAUUAAUUUAAUUGGUUAAACAUUGUACAAUUCAAUUUGAUGGAAUUUUGUUAUGAAAUUAAAAUGUGUAAAUCUUAAAAAUAGGCUAAAAUAUUUGUUUUUAGUGAAACAGCAAUAUAUUUUGUGCAGUCUCAAAGUAUAUGUUUAAAAUGCUUAGCGACAGUCAACAUUAACAACAUUUUUGUCAUUAAAACUACCCAUUUACACUAAAAAGAUCUCAUGUUAUUUAGUUUGUUUUAUUGUAUGUAUUUGUUCUUUUCUCAGAUUUGUGUUAAAACAAUUACUUUAAGAGUCACAUGCUGCCUCUCUCCAUUAACACAUGACAAUAAUAAAAUAAUAAUAAUAAUGUCAGGGCAGAAGAAUGAGCAGUGGUCGUACCUUACAAAACUUUUUGCCGUAGACUGAUGUUUCAGAGAUGUGUCAUGCUGUUUGUAUAAGAUACUGGGAAAUGGAAAAAGCACGGCACACUCACACAGGUUUUCAAGUUUUGGAGCUUUUUAUGUGUGAAUUGUAAAUGUUUCAAUGAAACAUUAAUACAUUUUACAUCUGUUUUUAUUCAUGUUAUUUUACAUUAUUAAUGAGCAAAUGAGUUAGAUCCUCCCCAAAUUAGAAUUUGCUAAUUAGAAAACUACUGUAUAUCUAAACAAGGACCAGAAAAAUAUCAUAUAGAUGAGACUAAGGUAACAGCGCAAAUGGAAGAAGUAAUAUACAAAAAAAUAUUAAAUAAUUGUUUAUUAAUUAAUUUGGUGAAUGAGUUUUAAACUAGGUGUUUGAAACCAGCAUACAAAACCACUGCUGGAAACCUUACAGUUACUGAGACAGCCCUUGUGACAACAUCUCCAUGUGAUAAUUUGCCCCGGUCUCCCUACUAGUAUAGGAGAAUAGAAGAACUCAACAAAGAAUCGACUGAAAGCCAAUGAGUGGUUUAAUGAUGAGAGGCGUUAGUGAAACUUUAAUUGCACGCAUGUAAUAUAAAAACGUUCCAGUGAGUUUGAUUUAUUUUAGUCUUAAAGCCAUGCAAUACUGCUGAUGGACUGAGUCCAAUUAAUUCUAAAGUCAAUAAACAUUAAAACUAAUAAGACAUUUUAUUAAUGACAGAAGCUUAUAAAAUGUUCUGUAUCACACUGUUCUUUUUACUUCUCUUUCGCCGCUGUUUGCAUUGUAACUUAAUUGUAUGACAUUGGUUUAUAAGCAACAGAUGGAAAACCACAGAGUUAACUGCCUGCAUUUAGUGCAACUGGCAGAACUGGAAUUAGCCAUUAGCAUGGUUUACAUUAAGAGAAUAAAAAAAGACUAAUCACACCAACUUAACAAGGUAUUCAAUAGGGGUGUUUGUUUCUGACUGCAACACAGAGAAUGUGAUCUUGCAUGUAUUGAAGGAGAUUUUUGAAAACACAAGCUGUUUAACCAAACUGCCAAAUUUCACACUCCAAACCUCUGUGCCAAAAAAGUGUUCAGAAAAACCUCCUCAUCAGCUUGCACUGUGCAACAAUCUGUCCCUUGUUUUUCAGCCUGUUAAAAAGUUUGUAUGUAAUUUUUUUUUUACAUUUUUUUUUUUUUUAAUGAUUUUAUAAGUUUUCAUAAUAAAACAAAAAUGGACCAAAUGUCAUGUGCCUGUGCACCUGAUGAGCUCAA